AUAAGGAAGAGGAAGGGAGUCCCAAAGAAAAAGCUGAGGCUUACCUGCUUUUGACAGUUCCUCUCCCGAGGGAUGCCCACCAUCAUGCCCGUGUUGUGGUGUACUUUGUGACAGCGAACCUAAAGAUGAUGAACGACAUCAUAGAGGAGCCGGAGAAGGACACGCUGCUGGAGGCGCAGCCGGAGAAACAAGUUCUGUCGGGGCCCAGCAGUGGCACAAGACCUAAGACUGCAGAUGGAGGCAUCAGGCCUGUGGAGAAGAGAGGACCUUACAUCAUGUCCAGAGCUCCAGCCAUCCACCUCAAACUACAGAAACACAGAGAGAUGGCGAGGAAAGCGUUGAAGAAGAAAGCCCUCUCACCAGGACCUCCAGUGAUACAUCAGCCCAGACAAGGAGCCAAGAGGACAGUGAAGUAUAAUAAGGGCUACACUGCUCUGAGUCAGCAUGCUGAGGAAACUUUGGUGGCACUGGACUCAGACAGUGAUGAGGAGAUUGAUUUUGAGCAGUAUUCCUCAGGAUACUCUUCAGCAGAGGUCCAUCCUGAUUUAAGCAGACAGCUGCUUCAGGACGGCUACCGUCUGGAUGAGAUCCCUGACGAUGAGGACCUAGACCUGAUUCCGCCCAAAGCCAUGGGCUCCUCUGUGUGCUGUUGCUGCUUCGAGGGUCCGUCUUGUUUCAUGCAGUGAUGCUACUGGCGUGACUCAAACCUUGCAAGUUCUUGGAUCCAUAUCCAGUUACUGACUGAAGUCACUGGUGCCUGAGGCCAUCUAUUUGACCCAGCUUCACCGCUCACUGCUCUAAAGGCCAAAGUCCCGAUCACAACGGACUGCAUGUGCCCGAGAAACUCAACACACAAGAAAGUGGCAGGCGAGUGGGCGGAUGUAAGAACAGGCCUUAUCCACUGUGACCCCCAAAACUUGACCUUUCUACUUUUCUUUAUGAAACCACAGGAAAUAGAGUUACUAUGCCACUGCGUCAAAUUGAGUGGGAGAGUUCAUGAUUUGGGAUAGGUUUUUGGUUCCCGCGGUGGAAAACUAGUGCACAACAUGCAUACAAGUAUUGCAUAUUGUGAUUUCAUAUUCCAGUCCUUUCAUGGAUUUUCUUUUUUUUUUUUUUUUUGUUUACUUCCAGUUUUUGAAUGCACCUCAUUCAUCUUUUACAUUGACUGACUACUAGUACAUUGCCUGGCUGUCUUGUGUUAUGUGUUUGUUUGUUUAUUUGUUUUAUUCAAUGUUUCAUUCCAAAAUAAGAUGCACAUGUAUGGCUUUAAUACUAUUAUUACUGAUAUAACUUAACUGAGCAAAAGUAACAAAGAAACACUCAAUGUGUUGGGUGUGAAACUUUUUUUUUUAAAUGACUAAUGUAUAAUUAUUAUUUUUACAGCAACUGUUGCUGUCUUCAUAAUCUUUCAAAUGAAAAUCAAAGGUCAUGGUUCUAUACUAUGUUCUGCUUUGUGUUUGAGAUAUACAAAGAUAACCCAUCACUGCUACUUACUGUACUGAGAGGGACUCACUCAUCCACUGCCUGCAGAGAAGUUGUCUUUCAGUGUUACAUAUUCACAGUCAAAUCUACACUUACUAUACGUUACACAACAGUAUACGGCACAGAUGUGUAAGCCAAUGAGUUACUGAAGUGCUGAUAUGUGGUUAUGCUUCACAGUCUAUAAAUGGUGUAAUUCCAGAGAAUUGAAAAAUGUUAAAGCUGCUUCUAAACGAUUGUAAGCAUAAAAAUGAAAUAUAUUAUGAAUUCUAGUUUGAGACAUUUUAAUACAUUUGUAAAUGUAGUUCAAUAUAUAUAUAUAUAUAUAUAUAUAUAUAUAUAUGUCUAAAUUCUAUUUAGUUUUAUUGGUAUGCUUUUUUUUUUUAAAAAACCCUGUUUGGCAUAGAUGUUUUUGAAGCGUCAGAUCCUGGACUGGCUGUUAAUCCAAAAAUGUGUCUGUGUCUUUAACACAUUUAUGUGUGUGGGCAGAAAAUCAGUUGACAUUAUUUAAUUUAAUGUAUUUGUUUUCAUACAUUUGUCUGACACUAAAGAAUAGCUAUUCAUAAAACCCAUAAAUCAAAUGGUCAUUGGAAUUUAAAUCCAUUUCGACUCUUGUUUAUUGCUUAGCUUUUUGAUUUGUUAAACUGUAUUCACGCAGGUCAGAUCAUAUUCUGUAUUAUGUUGUUGUGUUUAUUUCUUACAUGAAUGGGAAAACAGAUUUACUGAAAGUGGCAAUAUAAUAUAUUGUUUUUUUUCACUCAAGUUGCAGCUUGGGUUCUAUUUUACUAUUAAAAUGUGGGUAUAUUUUGAAAUUGUGAAUGAAGAAAAAAAGAUCAGAGCAGGAGGUGUUUGACAUCUUGAGAAAAUGUUGAGAUCUUUGAAAAUUGCUCAGAGGUUUAUGUCAGGAUAAAUGAGUGCUCACGAACCUGUUGGUCACGACCUGAGGCUGUGAGGUUGUUUUUUUAUUUA